AUGGGAAGGGGAAUAUGGCCGCAUUGGAUAGGGAAGUGUUUGCCUCGCUUCAGUUCUUACUGAAAGCUCCUUCAAAGAAUGUUGUUCGGCAGUUAUGCCAAGAGUGCUUUUCUAGUUCAGGAAUUAUCUCCGAAAAACUCACUGAAAGUACCUGUUCCAAUCUCUCAGUAACUCCCAAUGAAGCAAAUCAGUUAAUCCAGUCUUUGCAUAACCUUACAAGGCACAUUGUUUACCAUGGCCUAACGUUGCAAGAAGAAAUUCUCUGUCUCUUUCCAGAAGGAUUUCAUCAGAAUCUUAAAAAUCUUGUAACCAAGAUAAUCCUGGAAAAUAUUUCUGCCUGGAGAAAUGAAGCACAAGCCAGUCAAAGUGAGUAG